AUGGCGACCUCCUAUCGCUUCUCCCUGGAGGAUGUGCGCUGGCAGCAGCACCUCAGCGACGAGGGCUUCGUGGUCCUCGCCGGGGCGCUUCUGCCUGAAGAGGUGGAGGUGGCGAAGGACUUGCUUUGGACAGAUCUAGAGGCCGCCUACGGCGUGUCGCGAGAGGGGCUCGAGUCCUGGAAGAAGUGGCCCCUGAGCAAGACAGGUCUGAACGCCACGAUCGCCCAGGAUCCGGGAGCUUGGUAUGUCCGAGCUUGCCCCGGAGUCAAAGAUGCCUUCGCCCGGAUUUGGGGGAGCUCUGACCUCAUUGUGUCCAUGGACGCGCUCCUCAUUUGGAGGCCCUGGUGGCACCAGGCAGCUUGGCGUCCGUGCACGGAGGGCCUUCACCUGGAUCAGAACCCUUUCAGCAAGCCGGAGUUUGAAACCGUCCAGGGCAUGGUCCCGCUGCUUCCGGUCUCCGCAGAGACGGGCGGCUUGGAAGUCGUGCCCCGCAGCCAUACGCCGGAUGCCAAGGCUGAACUUUGCCGCGAGUUCCCUCACCUGCGCUUCUCCGGAGAUUGGUGUCCUCUGAACCGAUCCUUUGAAGACGCGAUGCUGUUGCUUGCUGAGCCAGGAGAUCUCAUUCUCUGGGACUCUCGGACGAUCCACGGUGGGCGUGUGGGCGACGGCUUGGUCAGUUCCUCCCCGGCUCCGUCUCAGAGCCUGGCCCGUCUGUCGGUCACCGUGGCAAUGGUUCCCCGAGCACGAGCGACGCCGGAGGUUCUCCAGGCACGGCGAGAAGGUUUCUUGAAAGGCCGAAUCUUCAAUCACUCUCCGCAUGAAGCGGGCACAAGCUCGGGGACGUUGGCGAGUAGAUCAAAGAAGCGCCAUUCGAUGACCGAGCUCAACGAAUCGCAGCUUGCCUUACUCUAG